UGUGGCUUCUCGGGUAGAGGCUUCUUUUGAGUAGGGGGAAAAGCUGGUAGAGAAGAGCGAGGGCCAGGACGCCUGGGUUCCUGCAGAGAGGAGCUGAUUUGGGUCCUGAGCUGUCACUCUACUGACUACCAUGGGGCUCUGUAAAUGCCCCAAAAGGAAGGUCACCAACUUGUUCUGCUUUGAGCACCGGGUGAAUGUCUGUGAGAGCUGUAUUGUUGCUAACCAUGCCAAGUGCAUUGUCCAGUCAUACCUCCAGUGGCUUCAGGACAGCGAUUACAAUCCCAAUUGCCGGCUGUGCAAUACCCUUCUCUCCACCAAAGAGACAGUUCGGCUGGUCUGUUACGAUCUCUUUCACUGGUCCUGCCUCAAUGAGAUGGCAAAUCAGCUGCCCCCGAACACCGCCCCCGCAGGCUACCAAUGCCCCAGCUGCAAUGCCCCCAUCUUCCCCUCCGCCAACCUGGUCAGUCCGGUGGCGUCAGUGCUGCGAGAGAAGCUGUCAACGGUCAACUGGGCUCGGGCUGGCCUCGGGCUCCCCCUGAUUGAUGAAGCGGAGGUAGUCCAGGAAAUAGAUUCACAUGACACCACCGACUAUACUGACUGGUCCAGCUUCACAGUCCCCAGCUCAGAGGAGGCCAGUCAGCAGAGCUCCCAGUCUGCCUUCGCCUACAGCCCGAGCGCCACCCUUCCCUCCUCCCAGCAGCAGCAAGGCCUAAACAACGGGGCCCUGCAGGAGCAGCACACGGUCAUCAGCAUGAAGGCCUUGGGUGGGGAGCCAGUCACCAUGAAUGCAGCUUCCUCACCACGGAAAGUUUAUGACACCCGAGAAGGUGGGGGCGGCAGAGCCUCUGACACUCGGAUAGACUUCGACGAAGACAAGUACCGCCGGCGUCCUGCUCUCGGCUGGCUGGCCCAGCUGCUUAAGAACCGUUUCAGCUCCAGGAAGCAACCACGGUCCUUGAUGCAGAGGUUCAUCAUCCUGCUCCUGAUCGGAGGGAUCGGCUUCCUCACCCUCAUCAUCAUUAUGAUGAAGCUGGGCCGGGCCUCAGCUGACAACGACCCCAACCUGGACCCCAUGUUCAACCCACACAUUCGGGUCGGGCAGCAGUGAGUCGGGCAGCUUUCCCCACCCUUGCUGCGUGCCCUUCCCCGCUCCAGAGCUCCUGGCUACCUGGGGGAGACCGAACUGGGGGUGGCUCUCUGGAAGAAUCACUGCGGCCAGAUGAACCUUCCCUCCCUGGAAGAGCACAACCAGGCUCUGAAAGCCAGCAAGGUCCACCCUGGAAGUUUCAAGGAAGAUGCCCUGAGUGAAAGGGGGGGCGGAGUCUUCCUCCUUCUGUCUCCUGUUUGUCAAACUGUGGAUCCAGAGCAUGGGACCAUUACUUUUUGGAGCCUGCGACUGGUAGCCUUCAGGGAUACUGGUCUACAAAGUCAGGCAGCAAAGGAGGCCCACAAGAAGGGGGGCUGCAUCUGCAGAUUGCCCUGUGGCUGCAGAGGAAAACAGGGGUUCCUUCCAGGUCUUCUUUUCCCAGCCGCCACUUUCUGGAACCCCUUCCUGCUAUCUUCACCCAGGCCUACAUCUGUUGUGGGGGCGGUCGUCCCAGGUUUCCCUUGUCACCUGGCUAUGUUCUCAGCUUAGGUGGUAGAGGGGGCUGAGAGGUCUGUAUGCUUUUUUCUGACAUAGCGUUUAAGAUUUUUAAUGGGAGGGCACAGUUGAACCUUGAGUCCUCCCCCCCCCCCCCAAGUUCACUUUCCUAGGCCUGCAGUAGUGUUUGAUGGGGUUUGCUUCCCUGGUGUUGGUCAGGGAAGCAAACCCCAUCUUCCUCCUCCUCCUAUAUCGAGUUGGACCAUUGUUCGAGAAACCACCCACGUUCCAAGAAUGCCAGGAGUGCCUCCUCCGAUCUGGAGCGCGCACGAGGGUGCUUGCGACCAAGAGAUGGGUGCUAUCCAAACCAGGACACUUGCUGGACUUACAUGAUUCCUGAGCGCCUCUUUUCCAUGUGGCUGUGUUCUAAAAGAAACAGGCUGCCGACCCAGUAGCAGACACGCCUGCCUCCUUUGGUUUGCCCAUCUGUGGGGCCUCUGCAGCUUAGAAAGGCAUCAAGCAAUGGGGGAACUUUCCCCCCUACCAUAAUAUGGGGGUAGGAAAGAUCUUGCUCUCACAGGCCCACUGUAUCUGCUGCAUUACUGGCCCUGAUGAAACAUUUGUCCUGUCCUGCUAUCUGCCCCAGUGGACCUUGUGAUAGGAUUCAGGGGGGCUGAUUGUUGGGAUAUGGUACAGCAUAGCUGAAAUGGCUACAUCUCUACAAACCUGGUAAAGAACAGUUGGAGGGUUACACUUCUUUCUUUUUUACAGUACUGUUUCGGGGGGGGGGGAGUUUUAAGGAGUUCAUAUUUCUAAGUUAUUAUUGUGAUCUGAGAUGCCCUGAAAUCAGUAGAUGGACUGCCAGAUCUUAAGAUUUCUGUGCAGUUUAGCCUCUCUGUUCCAGGCCUCCACACCUCUCUCCACCAUCAGCAGCCUCACAUGCUGGUUCCCGAGAAUAGCUAGCAACUGUUCCCCAAGACCCUGCUCUUAAAGUGGCAGAUGCUACUGUGUGGAAAGCAGCUGAGAGUCUGGAUGAGUUGUGUGUUCCCUGAGCUCCUGCAGCAGGUGCUGGGUUAUUCCUCUGUUCUAACGCCGCUGUUACAAAACACUAAGAACGCCCAUGUGGCUUUUAUUUACUGCCUCAAUUCAUAUGGUUUGUGGAGGGCCUGGUAGAAGUACAAGACGGUGUGAGAGACUAAAGCAAUAGACUUGUAUGUUGCAAUUCUAUUAAACGCUGUUGGCUAAUAGCAAGUCCCUUUUGCUGCUUCUGUUCCUCAAAGGUGAAUUGGAAUGGCAUUUCCCGGAUCCUGGGGAAA